AUGCCUCCUAAGACAGGGCGCGGUCGCAAGUCAAUUGCUGGGCCACGGAAAUCAACCGCCGCCGCCACUACUGCUGCUGCUACUGAUGAUGGUGCCGCCGCUGCUGCCGGCCCGUCAACUGCCCCAGCUGCGACGACCACACCCCCGGCCGCUCGCGGGCGUAAACCUGCGGGUGUCACCAAAGGCAAGCGACCGGCUAAAGCGCCCAGGACAUCCAAUGUUGAACCGGGCGAUCCCACCCCCACAGGUCGUCGUCGCCGGUACAAACCUGGAACGGUUGCCCUGAAGGAGAUCCGCCAUUACCAACGCUCAUUCGACCUGCUCAUUCGAAAGCUGCCAUUCGCGCGACUGGUCCGCGAGGUUGCCUUGGAUCUUCUCCCCGCCGAAGUCGGCUCCGAGCUGCGCUGGCAAUCGCAUGCGAUCUUGGCCCUCCAGGAAGCCGCCGAGGCGUUCCUGGUCCAUCUUUUCGAGGACACCAAUCUCUGUGCCAUCCAUGCCAAGCGCGUGACCAUCAUGCAGAAGGAUAUCCAGCUUGCUCGACGCAUCCGGGGUGUCUGGGGUGGUCUGGGUUAG